CCCAACAGGUGCACCGGUGUACCAGACCUGGGCCGACAUGUCUGAUAAACUACCAGGUGAAAACACGGACACAGCUGUAAUCGGAUUGGGGCACAAAGACUCCAACAAUUCGGCUCGAAAUUCCUCCAAAAUGUCUUCAAUGACUCAGAGCCUGAUCAGACACUUGACGUCCCCAGACCUGCUGUCCCAGGGCCAGCUGAAGCGGCUCAAGGAGCACAAAUACAGCGCAGAGGGCACGUCGUUGUUCGACGCCCCGAUGCAGGUUUUUUGGCGGUGGUUGAUUGAGCAGAUACCGAAGACGAUAGCGCCCAACACCAUCACCAUGGCGGGGCUGGCACUUAACAUUCUCGGCGCAGUGAUUCUCAUGAUGUUCAGCCCCACUGCUACAGAACCGGCACCAGGCUGGGCCUACAUUACAGCAGCUUUGACGUUAUUCAUCUACCAGGCCCUGGAUGCCAUCGACGGCAAGCAAGCACGACGAACCCAGACAAGCACGCCGAUGGGAGAACUGUUCGAUCAUGGGUGUGACUCGGUCUCAAUAGUGUUUGUGUCUCUGGCCUUUGGCAUUUCCGUUCAGCUCGGGGAGUGGCCUGAACUGCUCUUUCUGUCGACGGUCCUCUCCAUCAUCAUGUUCUACACUGCACACUGGCAGACUUACGUUUCAGGAACGCUGCAUUUCGGAAUGUUUGACGUCACGGAAUCACAGCUGACGCUGAUAGUAAUCUUCUCUCUUUCGGCAUUCUUUGGGCCCCAGAUUUGGGCUUUCAAAGUCUUGGGUGUGGAACUGAAGGUAGCAGUUUUUGCCGCAGGCAUUGUGCUGGCGCUCAUUUCCUUCGUCAACUACUUCCGAGUCAUCCUAGGGGGAGGAGGAAAGGGCAAAGAUGGAUCCACUGUCGCUGACACUAGUGUGAUAGCGCCAGCACUGCACAUUGGUUUCGUGAUUCUCCUGGCGGUCAUCAUCAAGCAGAAAUCUCGCACUGGUCUCUAUGACAAUCAGCCCUGCAUUUACCUGCUGACAUUCGGGCUAGUGGCCUCCAAGAUUACCAACAAACUUGUGGUUGCUCAUAUGACCAAAAGUGCCAUGGACCUGCUAGACACUGUUUUCAUCGGGCCGGGACUCCUCUUCCUCAACCAGUAUUUUGACACGCCCCUUCCUGAGCACCUUCUAUUGUGGAUUGCCCUGAUCUACUGCAUGGCAGAUCUAGUCCGCUACGCCAUCCUCGUAUGCCUACAAAUCUCUGUUAAUCUCGGCAUCUAUUGCUUCGACAUCACGCAACGCAGGCCCAUCCAAAUAAGUGCACGCCCGGCUCUGAAGUAGCAUAUGUCCCAUGUCUGCCUUUUUAACUCCGCGCUUCGUUUUUAAAAACUGGUUUUCGAGUAUUAAAGCUUUUAAACAGUUUAUUGUGUGGCGUAGAUUUCUUGGUAUACUCUGCAAAGGUCGAAUUGUUGAGCUUGAUUUGACUCUGUUUUGUCUCUGUGCGUUAAGUGAGUAGGUAAUACACUCUACAGGCGCCACAUCCAGUGCGAAAUUAUUGGGGGUCGAGGUUCUUUCGUAGGGGUGGGGGUCGAAUUUGUUGAUGUAACCUUUAAGGGCGGUGCCGAGGAGGGAUAGGCUAAAUUGUGGGUUUUUCAACACUGUAAGAGUUUGGGGAGAUAAAACAAUCCAACUUGAUGUUUUUGGUCAUGUUUCAAAAACGAAAAGAAAGAAAUUUUGUCUGAGGCGGCGUGGCCUCCGUCGGUCCUCUCAUGGAUCCGCCAGUGAGUAAAUCUUGCCGUAAUGAAAGACAGGUACUGCCAGCCACAUAACGUAGCAGUUGCUUAUCUUUGACAGUACCCAUAAGCCCGACAGUACCCAUAAGCCCGGCAGCACAGUCGGGUCUAGCUUAUAUAGGGUUUUCAUGGCGGCCAUCUUCCAGGCUAGUCCUUUUGUUUCACAGGGUAUGCUCAAGGGAAGUUGCCCUGUGGAACGACAGAACUGCCCCGCAAGAUGGCUACAGCGGAAAGCUUCUCCAGGACAGUAUCGAUGGCCUGGCUUACGUGUGUGGGACCUACAAUGUACACAGAAAAGGAGGGCUCGCAAAAAUGGAGGUACCAUAGUGUGCCAUGGAGGUACCAUAGUGUGCCAUGGAGGUACCAUAGUAUGCCAUGGAGGUACCAUAGUGUGCCAUGGAGGUACCAUAGUGUGCCAUGGACGCCCAAAUGUAAAUUGAGGAAAUAAUGAAGAAAACAGCUGUAAAGGAAAAGUGUUCGUGAAAAAUUUCACCGGCUCAAGCUGACGCACUGAAAAUGUACCACAUUCUCCAUAAAGUUCAUAACAUGUAGUUGAAGUCUGUGUUGGUUUCGAUAGACCUAUAUCCAAACUUUCAGCCUCCGUUCAAAGUGUCUUUGUGUAUGCCUGACAUUCUUGGUUAAAGGUGCUAUAGCUUAGUGGUUGAAACAAUACCAAGGGUUAAAGGAAGGUACUCUGUGUGUGUGCCGCCGUUUCAGAGAAAGUUGGAAGUGACUAGACCUACUUCGCGCGUGAAGCAACCUGCCGUCCAAAGGAAACUUAUGUUAAUCUGUGGGGGGGGGGCACGUCACAAUUAGGGCAAGUCCAAGCGUGUCAUGUAGUCCGACUGUAGACGUUUUGCCUACCACUUGUAUUGGCGACUAUAUCGUGCACAAAUACAUUUGUCACCUUCUGGCUAGUUUUUACUUCCAGUUCGUUCAACUGGACAUUUUUCUCAGAUUUUAAACCGGGGUUGUACUUUCAUUAAGUAUUUAGAGGUACGUGUAUUAUUAUCUAGUGUUCUGAUAGCUGCGUGGAUUUUUAGCACUUUCUGAAUUUUCUUACUUUUUGUACCGACGGUCAACCAAAGUUUUUGCAGCAAAUUUUAGGAAAAACACGAUUGUGACGUCAAAAGAGCACACCUUGCUGGUUGCAACUCGGGAGGGGUUCUUGGUCACUGACAUCUCUUUAUCUUGUACCUGGAACAGUUGUAGUCAUGUGACUGGUUCCCUCCGCACUGAUAGAUGACUUCGGCCGUUACUGACCAACUGGUUCCAAGUAGUCGGCAAGAUUGUGUGAAACGUUUAUCCUUCGGGCGACGUUGGUCGAAUUCUACAGUUUUUGUCGCUCGAACUUAACCAGUGCUGAAGAUUCCGUUGUUUACCUCUCAGGUCCAAGUCCGUUUAUCUCCCAUAAAACAGGGUGUCGUAGUUAUGGUUCUCUGCAUGUGCGAGUCGCUGUACUGCCAAAUGCAACUUAUCAUGUGGAUGUCUACGCGAUAAAGCGUAAUUCAAAUUAUCUGGUAACAUUUUGUCAUCAAUAGUCAUGUACAUAGUUUCUUCAGCCGAAACUAUCGUACCAUUUCUUGUUUCAAAUUGGUUGUAAUCAUCAAGUUGGCUGUCGUUUUUUUUUUAACUAGUAUUUAAAGCUCAAGAGAAAUCAAGUAUUGCAGUAAUGAAACUUAAAUUUCUGUUUUAUGCUAAAUUAAAGAGGUAAGAAAUGAGCAUGUGCAGUUUUUUUGGUUAAAAGGUACGGUAAUACCUUAUGUAUUAUAGGCCUACCUCUGUGUUAUUCAGUGUAUGACAACAUUGCAGAAAAAUGUUUCUGAAAAUGAAUUGUUUUCAAGAGUUUAUUGCGUUGCAUGCAAUUCAUAUGGAAUGGAUCUUCUAAUUCUCCGUGGUCUCUGCCAGACGACGCAUUUGUGGAAUGUCUUGGGUGCAAAUGUUUGUACAUGUUGUGUUUCGUGCAUUGUAAACGGCUGGUCUCGACUUCUGCACGGAUUUAAGGGAGGGUUAAAAGUUCACAAUUGGCGUGCCUGCAGGGUACGCGAAACUUUAUGUACAUGGCAAAAGGUGUUGGGUUUUCCCUCAGCCCUCGUUCGACGGCCCGAGAAUGAAGAGCUGCUACGCACAGCAAAUGGAGCAGAGAUCACUAGCGCCAUGCUGGACCAAUAGAGAGCGCAAUGGUCUUAGCAAUGGAUAUAUGUGACGUCACGCUCCACCGACGAAGGUGAGGGUGCCCUCUUCCUCGAGGUGUGACGGCGGACGGCACGUACCAGAAAGUCUCUGAGCAGCUGGAGUCGAUCCCUUGGGAUGGACGUACCGUCCCGGUCAAAAAACUCAGUUAACAGGGCUGUUGGGCACCGGAAGGUCUGACGUGAUGGCCCGGUGCCUCGUGACGUAACUAAAACAAUAUGUGACGGGCGAUUUCCCGCUUUGGCGCACCACCGUCGACUCAAAAUAGGCUGUCUAGUAAAAUAUACACUGAUCAUCAUGACCUGUCACAACAAAAUGGGAGUAAAGGCGCAUCCUGUUCUUUCCUAUUUUGAGGGUUCAAAGUCAUAUUGAAGUGGAGGUCAGUUUGGGGUUUUUUAGUAUUUGGAAAGAGUAGGCCUGACCCGUCUCCUAAUAAAUUCCAAGUAUUUCGCAGAAUCACAUAUUUGAAAAUGUCAUUUUCUCAGCAAUUUUGACGAUAGCAUUAUUCUUGCCUGGUCUGAAAUGUUGAAACAAUGUCGGGAACAUAGACGCAAAGCUGCCAGAAUAAUGCCAUAUUGUCACCUUAUAGGCCCCUACCUUUACCACAAGUGUUCUACGUGGAAACGAUCGGAAAGCUGUCUUUCUGCUGAAUUCAAAAAUACCAAUAUUACAUGUACAGUUUUUGAAAAUUCCGGCUUUCAGCUCAGUUGUGGUGACAACAUAUUUGCCUUUGCAAGUUGUUUGAAGCGGAACGUCUGAUUUAGCCCGGUACUCAAACUGUCGACAUUUGUAUUUGUUGCAUAGGCCCUAUGCUUCUGUUAUUUAAAAGCUAAAAGAAAAAAAAAUGAACGAUUUUGGUGCGGCGAACGAAGUUGAAUGGGGGGAAUAGGAAUCGACGAUCUGGUUAAGGGCGAAGUGGCCGUUCAUUCGUAGUAGGACCACGUGUAUUAUUAUUGUUCUGAUAAUCAAAGAUCAUAUAGCGCCGGGUAGCGGCGCAAGAUGGGGAACUUCACCAUGAAUACGAGUAACACGUUGUUAUCACGUGGGCGCCAUUCUGGUUGGACUACGCCUGCGCAGUGCCUGUCAAUGCGCAGGCGCUUCGAGAGGCACGCACACACAAUACCGUUCACACUCGAAUGGCGCCUAUGUGAUAACACAUUUAUGGCUGAAUUACCCAUCGGUGCUAUAUCAUCUUUGGUGGUAACUACGUGGGAUUUUGAGCACUUAAUUGUGUGUUAUUCUUUGACUUUCAAUACCGACAGCCAACCGUAGUGUAAGAAGCCACUUGUAGGAAAACCACGACAGUGGCAUUAAAAGAGCAGACCUAUACACACCUUUUUUUCGAGGCUGUUAUCGCCAAAAGUUGCAGAUUUCUUAUACUUGAGGGUAAUCAAGAUAGAACGUGUCACGUCUUGUCUAAAUGGAGUAGUACGCGACGCGCAGAAUACUCUGCAAGGAGGCCAAUAGGGUUAUGCUUUACAUGUCGUACAUAUCAUGGGUACCAUACUCGACUUCAUUCAGAAUUGAUAACCCCCGGCAGUCGGAAUUGUGCUAUGAAACAAACACACACAUUAGUAAACUUUGGAAUACCAAAGUCGAAGCUUGAUAAGUGUAUACCUGAAGUUGUGCAUGCAAAGAUGAUCUGGAGCCUUGUCGCGUUUUGUCCCAUGAUGCUAGCGCUCUUCGUGAGUUGUCAGUCGACCGAGCCGGUGAGAGUGCCCGUAGUGACUCAGUUCUACCCGGCAAUCGCCCAGGAGGGUCAGUCGUUGACCUUGUCCACGGUCUUCAACGUGACGUUGGCCAACCGGACCUGCAAGCCCACUGACAUACAGGUCAUAAAGCGGGUUUUCAGAUUUGACGUGGCCGAUAUGAUCCUGGCCGAUUUCAACCGGCUGCUGGUCCCCGACUACCGAUUGAACGUGUCCCUGGACACCAGCAGCAAGUACUUCUGGGUCUACAACUUGACAGUGCAGUGCGUGACACGGCUCAACACCAACGACAUGUUAAUCUUCGGUGGGUCGUGGGACUGCCCGGGCAUCGACAUCAAGCAGCAGUGCUUCGGGCUCCCCGUGAAAGUCGACUUUGCCUCCAUCGACGCCUUGCCGGUCUGCGCUAGCGAGCCUACUGCCGUCAAUGCCACCGCGAGGGAGGGACAAAUGCCACCCCUACCUGUUGCUCGCUUCCAGGGAUCGAACAGCAACAGUCGUAUUCGUGAGGACUCAGCAGGGAUAAACAUCACUCGAAAGCCACCGAAAAAACUAUGUCAGUCAGCCCCUGGAAAUAAGCACUUCUCAGGAGCCUGAUGAUCGAUCACCAUAUUACUUUCAUCAACCGGAUUAGCCAUUGCACGUUACCGGGCCAAACUGCAGCUUCGACACUCGGAUUUAAAAGUUAAGAUUAGAAAUUAUCCCAACAUUUACUGUGAUUCCAGUUGUCUUUAAGCUUCCAAGUUGAUGAUUGAUUUGUAAUGCAUAAUUAGCUUGCUAUCGUCAGAAGUUUAGAGGCAAAGAUGUUAGAAAUUCAAAAGUAAGUUGAUUUUUCAUUUAGUGCGUUCUCGAGCUGUGUAAGACUGACAUUUUUCAUGACGUCAGGGGUUGAUAUCUAGUAGAGGGUUGGCACUUAAAAAAUGGCUUCAGACUUCGGAAAAUUCACUUUCGGGGGGGGGCGAUUUUGUUGUGUGAGAAUUAUUAAAACUAUAAUUGGUUAGCCCACCAAAAAUUGAAAAGAAAUUGAAAAAUUAGGGACCACACGAUAAUCUAAUCUGUGUUUCAGAAGUCUUAGGGGUGUUGGCGUGCAUGUUAUUGGGCCCCGAACAGUGCUGAUUUUACACUGUUUUCAACGGGGCAUGCAUUAGGCCUAAUGGACUGCACCCCUAUGGUCGUGGCUGUAGCUACUUCCCAUAGGGAUGUGUGUAAUUUCAAGCCGCGACCAAGUGAUUCGGGCACCGUCGAUGCUUCAAAAAUUAAUAAUGGGAGGGUAACUAAAUGAAACGGCGCCCUCAUUUUCCGCUCUCAUAAUCCACUGAAAGGACAUGUGUACGUCUUUGGGAAACGCAUUUUGCAAAAAUAAUUUCUUUCUCCUUCCAUGUUUGCUUUAUUGGGAGAAACAGCCCAAGUGUAGCCUUUCAAGAUAACUGAUUAGCAUGAGUUGCUUACAGGAAUUAUUCUGCCAAUAUCAGGAGAAAAAGGUAAAAAUCUAUUGCAACUAUAAUGGUUAAUCUAGUCUUGGUCAAGACGUUGUUGUGUUGUUGAUACGCGAGAGGGCGCUCAUAAGACGAAAAUAGCUGAAACGCACGAACCACAACUAGCCGGGCCACGUCUUGACCAGGGACUCAUAUUUGUGCUCAAACAUUGACAAUAAAAUGCUAAAAAGUGUAUGUGCUUGAUCGA